UUUCAAAUUGCUGAAUUUAAAAAUUGCUGGCUUCAUUCUUCAUGGCGGCACGUGUGUAGAGAAGAAUCUAGGAAGAACAUGUUUUAUCAUGUCUUAUAUAAGUUAAUUGAUGCCGAAGAAGAAGUCCUAAAAGGUCAGCGUGGCUUAUGCCUCGAAAAUAACAUUUUAUUCGGCAUCAAAGACUUUCGUGACUCGAUGAGAUUGAAUUGUGCAUCCUUUGCACGUUUUCUCUUUUGCUAUGGUCCUUACCACCAAUAUCCAAUUCCUAUAGAUGUCGGUUUCAUGUUGCUAAGGGAAAUAGAUGCUCGCACACUACGUUUCUAUACUUUCCCAAUAGAAAUUUUGACCCUUAUCCAACUAAAGUACUUGGCUCUAACUAGCAAUGGAGAAGUCCCUUCAACCAUAUCUAAACUUUUCAACCUUCGAGUCUUGAUUAUCCAUCCACAUAUGAAAAUUAGACGCUGUGGAGCUCCAUCAUAUGUACCAAUACAGGUGUGGGACAUGCAAGAGUUAGAACAUAUCGAGAUCUUGGGGAAAAGCCUUGUAGCUCCAUCUCAUGUUGUUUCGUUGGAAAAGCUGUCAACUCUGAUAGGGGUGAAUGCUAGUAUUUGUACUAUCCUCAAACUCUCCCAAAGAAUUCCCAAUAUAAAGAAAUUAGAAAUACAGAUUGAGGUCACGCCUUAUGAGGAUCAUAACGAUCUUUUGAGUUGCUUUGAUUACAUUUCAACACUUGAAAGCUUAGAGAUUCUCAAACUCAGUAUCACAAAUCCAGUCAUCAAGAAAGGAAAUGUUUUCCCAGUGACUGAUGGGGCAUUGAAGUUGCCAUGUAAUUUGAAAAAGUUACAUUUGAGUGGUAUGGGUUUUCCAUGGAAGUACAUGAAUGACAUUGCUUCUCUGCCAAAUCUUGAAGCUCUCAAAUUACGAUCCUAUGCCUUUCAAGGUUCAUAUUGGAAUAUAAAAGAUUAUCGCUUUCGGAGUCUUAAGUUUCUUCUAAUUGAAGAAAGUGAUUUGGUGCAAAUGAGAUUAAGGUACGGAAGCUUCCCCGAGCUUAGAAACCUAAGCAUGAAACACUGCUACAAAUUUAAAGGUAUCCACAUGGCUUCUAGUUUUAACAUGUGUUCCUUAGAGAUCGAAUUAGAGGACGGCAAUCUUCUAGCUUUGGCUUGGGCCACCCAACUGCAACCACGUUCAGAUGUGCUGCUCCGUGUUACUUGCACUUCUUCUUUUGAUGAGAAACCGACAACAAUCAAAUUUGAAAGGCGAGGGUCAGGGCGUUGAUGAGGAAAAUGAUGACGAAUAUACGGAUGACCAUGAGGAGAAUGAGGAUGAGAAUGAUGAUGGAUAUACGUGCAAUCGUGAGGAUACAAAGG